AUGCUGCGCCUUUCCGUUUUGACCUUUUGGGUGGCAUCUUCUUGGGCAUCGCUAGAUGAUGCUCCAAUAGAGGGCAGUCUUGUGGUGGACGAUGACUGCACCCACUCCGACACAUGUGCCCUGAACGCAUUGCAGCUCAAACGUUGCCCCUUCAACUUCCAGCAUGAUGUAAAGGAGACGAUGCUGAACAUGUCUGCAGAGAUCGACAGCUUGAACGACAAGCUGGUAGUGUUAGUCGCCAAAGCAGUGCGCACUUCAUUCAAGGACGACUUCAGCCGCCUGGUGCGUGCCACCUCGAGUGCUGCUGCUGUCUUGGAAAUCGUAGCGCCGAGGUUCAUUACCUUGACCAACAAGACUAGCGCUUCUUUGCAAGAUGCAGGCAUUGACGAAUUUGGCGGCAAAGCAAAAGAAGAGCAGACCUCUUUGCUGAGAAUGCAGAGGUUUUUGGUUGACCAUGCUGGCGAGGUUCUCACGAACAUUGCCGCUGCUCGGAGCAACGACGGUGAUACCGGAUUCGCCACAAAGGUGAACACGGCAGCCCAAGAGGCUGGACAUUGGAUCCAGGGUGUGCUUAAAGUCGCUUGGUCCACUGCAACAGAUCAGCUGCCACGCAUCAAUGCUUUGGUGAAGAAUGAGAUUGUGAAUACGUCUGACAUGGUGACCGAGGCAGCCUGCGCCGCGGAUACUGCCACCAGUAUCGCUUCCCUUACAACACUCUACGCACAAAUUGUGCAAGCUGCCACAGACUGUGAUGUUCGCAACAAGACCUUGUUCAGCAUUGCGGAUUGCGAGUCAAGCGCUCUUUCUGUUCAGACAGGCAUCAGCUUGGUCAUCAAAGAAGGAGCAAGGAUGAUGCACACCUGCUAUGGAAGAGACUGGAGUUGUGCGGAAUCCAUGGCAUCGGCCAGUCAUGAUCUUUUGCAGGCCUACAAUUCCCUCGUGGUGUUGGGCGAUUCUUGUAAAUCUAGUGACCCAAUUGCCCUGGCCGUUUGCGAGAGUGAAGCAUUCCAGUUGUCGUCCAACCUGGGCGUCGCUGCUGGGUAUAUUUGGAAGUCAGCAGACGUUUGUGCAUCUUCUUGCAAUUUGGCGAAGCCGCAAUAG